AUGAAUUCUGCUGCGAGUGAAGAGCAAACUAAUGUGUUUCUGAUGGCCAUUCGGCCCGGAGGAAUUCUGUAUCCUCAACUUCAGUGUGCACCGAUGGAGGUUUUGUGUUGCCCGCGGCAGUCGUCCCUUGUAGAAACCGGGUUUGCACCUUAUCUCUCGCUUCCUGCGCCUGUUGAGAAUUCGGUUGUUACGCUUUCUAUCAACGAAACGACAUUUCACUUGACAUCAACACAACAGGAAAAGGUGUCGCAGGUCCUUCGUGAGGAAUUUCUCGUGUAUCACACACUGCGUUUUGCGAGUGUUGCCUCGUCUUCGUUUGUUACUGGACGUGGACACAAAGGUGAGUUUUCUUCUGAUCUGAAGAGCAUAGCACGCUUUGGCCGUAUCGGUGCCUGCGCGGUGAUUGGUGACUCGAUUACCGUUCAGCUGCAACAGCGAGAGGAAAGGACGCUCCCCGAUGGAGGCGUCAAUGUGUUCAUUUUGGAAGAACCCUUUAUGGAUGCAAGCGAGAGGCAGAACUCUAUCGCGGCGCUAAAGCGUGCAGUUGGUUGCUCAGAUGAUGGCUCUCCACAAAACGCUUUGGGGAGUAGUGGUGGGGCGUCUCCUUCGGGUCCCAUGCAAGGCCGAGAGUGGCGCUACACGCGCGAGGCCAUUGAGAGCUAUCGGAGGGGUGUCUCAAAAGAAACAGAUGAGCGCUUUGCCGAGUUCCAGCAGCUCAUGAAGAAACCUAUGUGCUUUCCCAUAGUAAAGACACUUUCUGGAUUCUUAGAAGCAGUGGAUAAGCGAGACAGCCUCCAGAUAAAGAGUUCGCAUGUCACACACGCAAUUACACUUUGCAUGAACCAAUGUAGGCAGAUACCACUCCUUCUGGACGACUGGGAGAAGCUUCGCAUCAUCGAGGAGGGACUUGAAAAACAUAUAAUGACUAAGUUGUUCAAACGUACGUUCGGCGUUUGCCCAGAAGAGCAAAAGUGUGAAGCGGAACUCAGCGAAAAGUUACACCGGUUGUCAAAGUCAGUUAGGGCACAGGACCUCGAGGCACUGGAGGAGGUUGAGAGCCAUAAUUGUUGGGAACAGGCAAUGUACGAGUUGGACGCAAUGAAUUUUUUUAAAUCACCGAGAGGCAAGUUUUUGUGCAGCCUACGUGCUUAUCAGCAACUUACUGAAAUAGUGAGAGAUACUGUAGCAGAGAUUAAGAAAGCAAGGGGCAAAAAUCCAAACAAAGCUCUUGAUGCUGAUGACUUUGGGGCGAACGAAUUUCUCCCUUGCUUCCUGUUGCUGGUUCUCCGUGCGUGCCCGCGUAACUUCUAUCUGAAUGUGCAAUAUGUGAAAAACUUUCACAGCCCUGACAGAAUGACACCAGAGGAGAGUUACUGCCUUGCUACACUGGAAUCAGCAGUGAGUUUCUGGCAGUCAUACUCCAACGCAAGCACAGGCACGGUAACCCCAGCAUGCGCAGUACCUGCUGCCCCUGCUCCCGUGUCGUCGGCACCCGUACCUGUUGUGGAACCGCAAUUACAACCCCAAGCUAACUUCUUGGAUAGUCUAUUCACCUCUCCAGCCUCUUCUAUCAUUAUUCCAACUUCUGGACCAGUGGAUCUGAGUUCCUCGUAUAACUUUGAUGACUUCUUUAACGGCGGUGGGGGCACUGUUCUAACGCCCCCAAAGAAGGAGAACAAAAUUAAUGUGACGAAGUUACUGCUGGACGACAAGAAGGCAUUUGACGAUCUCAGUGUAGCGGAGCUCCGCGCAGUCGUGGAGGAAGCGCGAUCUCUCCUUGCAGAGAAGCGGAACGCCCGGUCGUAA